AUGGGGUCAGAGGCGGUGAAGGUGGUGGUCCGCUGCAGGCCCCUGAACGACCGGGAGAAGGGCCUCUGCUCCAAGACGGUGCUGUGGAUAGACCUGCACCGGUGCCAGUGCUUCAUAGAGAAGCCCGGGGUGGUGGACGAGCCUCCCAAGCAGUUCACCUUUGAUGGCACCUACUUCAUUGAUCAGACCACUGAGCAGAUGUACAACGAGAUAGCCUAUCCUUUAGUGGAGGGUGUCACUGAGGGAUACAAUGGAACAAUCUUUGCUUAUGGACAAACUGGAAGUGGGAAGUCCUUCACCAUGCAGGGAGUGUCCGAUCCUGCAGCCCAGAGGGUCAUCCCGCGAGCCUUUGAGCACAUCUUUGAGAGUAUUCAGUGUGCAGAAAAUACAAAAUUCCUUGUGAGGGCCUCCUACCUGGAGAUUUACAAUGAAGAAAUCCGAGACCUUUUGGGGAUUGACACCAAACACAGAUUGGAGCUGAAAGAGCAUCCAGAGCGUGGGGUGUAUGCGCGGGACCUCUCCAUGCACACUGUGCACAGCGUGGGGGAGUGCGAGAGAAUAAUUGAGCGAGGGUGGAGGAACCGGGCAGUGGGCUACACGCUGAUGAACAAGGACUCCUCACGCUCGCACUCCAUCUUCACCAUCCAUUUGGAGAUCUGCAACACAGAUGCAGAUGGCCAGGAUCAUCUACGAGCAGGUAAACUCAACCUCGUUGACCUGGCAGGAAGUGAGCGUCAGUCCAAGACCGGCGCUACAGGGGAGCGGCUCCGCGAGGCCACCAAGAUCAACCUCUCCCUCUCGGCCCUGGGCAACGUCAUCUCCGCCCUGGUGGACGGACGCUCCAAAUACAUCCCCUACCGGGACUCCAAGCUGACCAGACUGCUGCAGGACUCCCUGGGAGGAAACACGCGCACCUUGAUGAUCGCCUGCCUCUCGCCCGCGGACAACAACUAUGAGGAAAGCCUGAGCACGCUGCGCUAUGCCAACCGGGCCAAGAGCAUCCACAACCGGCCUCGUAUCAAUGAGGACCCCAAGGAUGCUCUGCUCCGAGAGUACCAGGAGGAGAUCAAGAAGUUGCGGGCGCUCAUCUCUGGCCAGCUGGGCAGCGCUAACCUUGCGUCUCUCCUGGAUGGUCAGUUGUCUGGGUCGUCCCCUGCUGCUCCUUCAAGGCCGCAAUCCAGCAACACAGAAGCAGAGAAGGAGAAGAUUAAAGAGGAGUACGAGGUGAGGCUGGCCAAGUUGCAGGCCGAGUACAAUGCAGAGCAGGAAUCCAAAGCGAAGCUGCAGGAGGACAUCGCUGCCCUGCGUUUCUCCUGUGAAUCCAAGCUGUCCGAUCUGGAAAAGGCUCGAGCCAGCAGGGGGAGCUCUGUCCCAAAGAAUGAAAACAGGAAAUCAUCUCCCCAAGAACCAUCAUCAGUGAGCUCUAGCUGUAUGACAGAUGAUGCUGAAGAAGAGUUCUGCCACAACACUGAUCCCACGUGCCACAGUACAUCUGGAGAAACUUCCGUGACCAAGCUGGCUGUAGCAGCAGACGGUGUCCAAAAAAGGCCAGAUGGAGACUCACCUGACGUCACUGCAGGGCCUCUGGACCAGCAACACGUCCUGGAAAGACUGCAGCAGCUGGAACAGGAGGUGGUUGGAGGAGAGCAGGCCAGGAACAAAGAGUUGAAGCAGAGGCAGAGGCAGAGGAGGAACCUCGCCGACCAGAGAAAAGGCCAUCUUAUCUGCGCUCUGUCAGAGAACAGCGAGGACAGUGAAAAUGUGCUGUUGAACGUCUACAACUCCAUCCAGGAAGAGGUUCACGCCAAAAGCCAAAUGCUGGACAAGGUCCAGGGCAAGCUGAAAGCAGCCAAACUGGAGAUCCGUGACCUGCAGGCGGAGUUUGAGGUGGAGAGGGACGACUACCUGGCAACCAUCCGGCGCCUGGAGAGGGAGGGCCAGCUGCUGAACAGCCUGCUGGAGCGGAUGGUGCCGCUGGUGCGCCGUGACUGCAACUACAGCAACCUGGACCGACUGAAGAAAGAGGCUGUCUGGGACGAGGACGGCGCCACCUGGAGGCUGCCUGAUGUGAUGGUGCAGAAAACAACGCUGCCUUCAGCAGUGGCUCCAAAACUUCCAGCCGGCAGAGGUUCAGUUGCUGACACUGGAGAGUCGUUCAUGCAGGUGGAGGAGGACCGGUACAAGGAGAUGCUGGACCGUAGCGACAGUGAGAACAUCGCCAGCAGCUACUUCAAGUCAAGGAGAGCGAGCCAACUGCUGGGACGUGAAGCUACCAAGGGACACGCCGUCCACUCUCCCCCCCUGGUUAACGGGCCGGCCCACCUCACCGUGAGCGGUUCCACCAUGAACCCUCCUCUCAGCACAGACUCCGUCCUGCCACGUCCCUUCCGCCUGGAGUCGUUGGGUGUCCCGGUGUCCAACGGUAAAGUGAGGCGCAAAAAGAGCAAAUCUCACAUCCAUAACGAGGGGAUUUGA